UUACAGUGAGUAAAUCAAAAUCCACAGUUAAGAUGGAUAAUAAAGCUAAAAUCCUCAAACAUACAUUGAGAACAAAACAGUCUGGACAUGUUCUGAAAUCAACACAAAAUUCCUGUGUCAAGCAUGAACAUAUUUUAGCAAAACCCAGAAGUGGAUCAAGAUGGUCAGCAAUAAAAGGUGAAAAAAACUGUGUGACUUUGUCAUCAUCUAAAGAUUCAUCAAAGGAAUCCUUAAAUAAAAACCAUGCUUUGGUUAUCCAAAAAGACAACACAACUGGAAUGCCGGAUUUACAGAACCCUAAUAAAAUUGCUGUUAAAAAGCCCAAACAGAAGUCUCAAAAACCUCAUAUCUCAGGUGAAGAUCUAAGGAACAAUUUGGUGUGUUUAACACAAGAGCAACUUGAACAGAUUCUGAUGACUGUAAAACAAGGAACCAAAAUUGAGUCCCAGGCCCAGGAGGAAAAGCAAGAAGAAACAAGCCAAAACAAAAACUCUGAUAGUAGCACUGCUGCUAAUCAGUGUCCACAAGAGGAGAACAUUAUGGGAUUACUCCAAAAAGCUGAUGAAGUUUCAUCUGUUCCAAAUGAAAAUAAUUAUGCCUCAGGCAGAAAACAAGCAGCUUCUGAGCAGACUGAACAGAAAGUUAUUAAGAAUUCAUGGAAACCAGCUGACAUGUUUAGUACCCUAGGUGAAAGAGAAGAGGAUAAAAUUUUGUUAGACGCAAAGAAGUCCCAGUGGAAGAAGGAACUAGAUGAACAGAUAGCUUUAAAGAAGAAAUUAAAAGAAACUUUGGAGCGACAGACGAAAUACUACCAUUGGGAGAAAACGGAUGGCGAUGGUGAUAAAACCCAUUUGGAAAAACUGAAGCCAGUUAAUCAAGCUAAAAUGACAUUUCCAGCUGAUUUGAGCAUUGCUACUGAGGAAAACCACAUUUUUAGAACCACUUUGGUCACAGAGGCUAGUGAAGUUGCACCCAGUGUUUCAAGUGGACCAACUGGACAAUCAUCUAAUUUCAGUUCUCCUGACUUGCCAGCUGCCAUUCGUACAGCAUUUGUGUUAGGGGAAGCUACACCAGUGGAGCACCCCUUUAGUGCCAUGAAACGAGAACAACAGAAGAAGUGGCUUCUAGAUCUGGACAAACAAAAGGAAGAGGCUAAGCUACGAAAAAUAGAGGAAAAACAUAAUUUAUCAAAGGCUGAGGAGCAUGAGAGAUGGGCAGUGCAUUUUGAUUCUUUAAAGAACUACUCUCGUGCUAAUCCACAACACCCCAUAAAUGGAACAUACACCAAGCAGCCUGAAAUUCUUUGCCUGUCCCCCGAAUCUCAGGCCCUGACUGCUGUUAUUCAUCCUUUUACACCUGCAGCUUUAGGCCAUCUCAUACAUUCAAAGGUGGAGAAUGUAGAAAAAACUGUUGAGAACACUACUUCGGAACAAAGUCAAAAAGCCAGUUUUCUACGGUCAAUGACAGCUCUCUUGGAUCCUGCACAAAUUGAGGAAAGAGACAGGAGGCGGCAGAAACAGUUAGAACAUCAGAAAGCUAUAAUGGCUCAAGUAGAGGAAAAGCGAAGAAAGAAGCAGCUGGAGGAAGAGCAAAGAAAAUGGGAAGAACAACAAGAAGAACACCGCUUAGCACGAGAACGAGAACUGAUGCAAAAACAGUUUGAAGAGGAUAUGCUCAAACAAAAACAAAAGGAAGAAAUCAUGACUCUUAAAACAAAUGAGCUCUAUCAGACAAUGCAGAGAGCACAAGAACAGGCACAGAGAUUGAAACAGGAACAACGUAUUCGAGAGUUGGCUCUAAAAGGACAUGACAUCUCAAAACUGCAGAAGAAUCUUGGGGGUGGUAGUGGCGGUGAUAAAAUAUGUGAGAGUUAUAAUACUGGCCUUUCAAAUGUAAGUCAUGAUCAUUGUUCUGAUGAAGUGAGCAGUAAGAUGCAUCAAGAUGUAAAAACGGUAACCUCUCCUCGGAAAGAUACUGCUGUGCAGACAGAUGACUUUGACACCAGAGCAUACAUCAGAACUGAAACAUGUACUGAGCCAGUUGUAGAAAGAAGAACUGUGGACUGUACAUCUCCAGAUAUUUCCAUAGAAUAUAAAGAGAAAUUUAACAUAAAAAAAUGCAAGAAAGAAAUGCAGUAUCCAGAUAAAACUAAAAUUUCAGAAAAAGAGAAUAACGGCAGUUACAGUGAUUUAUAUAACCAAUUUGCAAGAAAAGAGAAACAGACAAAACCUAUGGAAAAAUAUGGAAAGAGACCCGACUGGAACAUAAACAAACCUGGGAAAAGGUAUAUUCCAGCAUCAGAAAGAUACCCUAGACGGCUACAAAAGCAAAGGGAGGAAAAGAAAGUAAGACGACAGAUAGAGCUGCUUCAAUUGGUAGAAAGAAAUACUCCUGGCAAACUCUGCCAAAAGAAAGAAGUCUCUCCAGAAAGGUCUCCUUCACCUCACCAGGAAACUAACACAAAGAGUAAGGGACAUGCAGUCACAAAGGAGGAACAAUCUCAGAAGAGUCAUUUGAAUGAAGAAAGAUCUGAAUCACCACCUGUUCCAGCAGUUAAAAACAGAUUAUACCAAGUACAACAAAGGCAGAUAAAUACUUCUAAUUUCCCAAUUCAGAAUGGCAAUAGCGGAAGAGAGAAAAAUAUCAACACAGACAUGCAACAGAGGAAAUCGUCUUCUCCAGUUAUUGAAGCUGAACGGCCACCCUCUUCUCAUUUUAUUCCCUAUGUGCGAACAAAUGAAAUUUAUUACCUUGAUCCAGAUGCACCAAUGACUAGACCUUCAACACAUGAUCCACAAUAUCGACAGUUUAAUGAUUCUUGCCAUACACCACGACAGAUUUUUAGUUCUGAUCAUGUGAGAGAUCCACUUCUUAAUCCUAAUGUGGUGAAAAACAGAGACCGACAACAGGCAAUCCUCAAAGGACUAUCAGAAUUACGCCAGGGUCUCCUCCAGAAGCAGAAGGAGUUGGAGACUGGUCUAAUUCCAACCAUAAAUCAAGAAGAAAACUUUAUUUCUCCAUUUUAAAAAAGACCUGAAGAUGAGCUCUGCGAAGCUUGAAAGCUUAUCGUCUCUUUCACCAACUGAAGUUGGUCUAGUAGAACUUACUACCUCACCCACAUGUCACUUAUAUCCUGGGACCCACACAGCUACAACACCAUUGCAAACAGAUUCCGAUUGUCAGAACUGCUUACAUAAGUGUUAUUUACAAAUAGGACCAAAGUUCCUGGGAAACUUAACUAGAAGAUCCUUGGACUGGAACUCUCAAGACCCUACAAUCAAAAGCUGUACUGAGAGGAAACUCCAACUUUCAUACAAUAAUGGUCUAGGGAAGUAUGCAUGGGCCACUUACAGGCUGCUCAGAUUCUCUGUAGGCCCAGUUGGUCAUAUUUUGGGAGAGAGUUCUAGAGUGAGAUUUUCAAGAGCUUAGCACUGGCCUAACUGCCCCACUGAAAAUCAAUGGCAGUUUUUCCCACACGGACUUCAAUGGGAGCAGAGUCAGGCCAACGCUGAACCGUUUUGAAAAAUGUCAUGCUUAAUCCCAAUAAGACAUGGAAGUCCAUCCACUAUACAUGCUUCCUUAAUAUAUACUUGAAUGCCUCUAGCAAAGUGGUUCUCAAACUUUUGUACUGGUGACCCCUUUCACAUAGUAAGCCUUUUAUUUUUUUUAAACACCAUUAUAAAUGCAGGAGGCAAAGCGGGAUUUGGGGUGGAGGCUGACAGCUCACGACCCCCCCCAUGUAAUAACCUCGUGACUCCCUGAGGGGUCCCAACCCACAGUUUGAAAAUCCAUGCUCUAGCAAUAACUGAAUAGGAAGUGGACUGCUAUUUCCAGGGGUCAGAAUUUAAGACAGAUGAGGAGUCUGAGGGAAGGUCUACCAUUGAAGUGGAGCAGCGUUUUAGAGAAGAUGCCACUACGCCAACAGGAGAGCUUCUCCCAUCAGGAUAG